AACCCUGAUUAUGUUGUGUUGUUGGAUUUCUUCUUAUUUCAUUUUGAGCCCUCGGGGAAACCGUGCUUCUGCUUCGCACUCUCCUUCUUUCUCUUUCCCCCGGAGCCGGAUAAUAAGGUGCAUGGACGCCGCCGGCUUAGAUUCCGAUGGCCGGGAAUUCAAAAGCGCCGAGGAUAUGUGGAGGGAACAGACGGGUGACUCUAACAAGAAGACUCAGUGGUAUCGUGACGGCGUCUCCUACUGGGAGGGUGUGAAGGCAACUAUGGAUGGGGUAUUAGGAGGGUUUGCAACUGUGAAUGAGCCAGAUAUAAGUUGCAGUGAGGAGUUCUUGAAGAUUCUCUUAUCUGAACGUUUUUCUGCUGAUGUCAGAGACCAACCACUUGUUGCUCUUGAUUGUGGUUCUGGCAUUGGCAGAGUCACCAAAAAUCUGUUGAUAAGAUACUUCAAUGAGGUUGAUCUUCUUGAGCCAGUAUCACAUUUCUUAGAGACUGCACGUGAAACUUUGGCCCCCGGAUGCGAUACAAAUUCAGAUAUGAACAAAGCAGUUAAUUUUUAUUGUGUGCCUCUUCAGGAUUUUACACCCAAUACUGGAAGAUAUGAUGUAAUAUGGGUUCAAUGGUGUAUUGGUCAUCUUACAGAUGAAGAUUUUGUUUCAUUUUUCAAUAGAGCAAAGGUUGGUCUCAAACCAGGUGGAUUGUUUGUCCUGAAGGAGAAUAUUGCCAGAUCUGGAUUUGUGCUUGAUAAUGAAGACCGAAGCGUUACAAGAUCUGAUUCAUACUUCAAAGAACUAUUUUCUCGCUGUGGAUUGCACACUUACAAAUCAAAGGAUCAAAAAGGAUUCCCCGAGGGAUUAUUCGCUGUCAAAAUAUAUGCGUUAACUACCGACGCUUCAAAGAAGGCUCCCCGUGCUAAAUCUAAAGCACGAGCUAAUAGACCUAAACUCAUCAAGUGAUCAAUUUUUCUUGUGAUUCUGAAUAUUCGUCUCAAGCCUUUAUUUUUUUAUAGUAUUGGGAGAUUCAUGUUGUAUUAUAAUCUUAGAAUAGGUUUUAAUUUAUCUAAGUCAUAAUUUUUCUAUGCCAUUAAUCGGCUUGCAUGCGUGUGAAAUGCAAUUUUCCGUUAUCGAAAUGUGAAUUUUUGUUGUUUUAAUAUGGAGUUGUGGAUGAAUCCUGUU